CGAACUAUCGAUAGGCGCGGGCACAACUGGUCGAUUUGCCAUCUCUACUUCCUCCUAUCGGUCUUUUCCAACCCUGCGCUCGCAGCCAACAGACCUCCGCCGUUUCUUUUUUUUUCUGCGUUGCGUGCAAACAGACCGACAAUAUGAAGCUCAACGUUUCCUAUCCCGCGACGGGAUGCCAAAAGCUGUUCGAAGUGGUGGACGAGCACAAGCUGCGCGUCUUCUACGAGAAGCGUAUGGGCCAGGUUGUGGAGGCCGAUAUCCUCGGUGACGAGUGGAAGGGCUACCAGCUGCGCAUCGCCGGCGGCAACGACAAGCAGGGAUUCCCCAUGAAGCAGGGUGUCCUGACCCACGGCCGUGUGCGUCUGCUCCUGAAGAAGGGACACUCGUGCUACCGCCCACGCCGCACUGGCGAGCGCAAGCGCAAGUCUGUGCGUGGAUGCAUCGUGGACGCCAACAUGUCCGUGCUGGCUCUGGUUGUGCUGAAGAAGGGUGAGCAGGAUAUUCCCGGUCUUACCGACACCACCAUCCCACGUCGCCUGGGACCCAAGCGUGCCAGCAAGAUCCGCAAGCUCUACAACUUGAGCAAGGAGGAUGAUGUGCGUCGCUUCGUUGUGCGUCGCCCUCUGCCCGCCAAGGACAACAAGAAGGCCACCUCCAAGGCCCCCAAAAUCCAGCGCCUGAUCACCCCUGUUGUGCUGCAGCGCAAGCACCGUCGCAUUGCGCUGAAGAAGAAGCGCCAGACCGCUUCCAAGGAGGCUGCCGCCGAUUACGCCAAGCUGUUGGUGCAGCGCAAGAAGGAGUCCAAGGCUAAGCGCGAGGAGGCCAAGCGCCGCCGCUCUGCCUCCAUCCGCGAGUCCAAGAGCUCCAUCUCCAGCGACAAGAAGUAAACGCCGCGGACACGGAACCCACAUUCUUCGUUUAAGCAGAAACUGAACGUUGAUCAAAACCACAUGAUGAUCUACGAGAGGAGAAAAGAAACUUUGUAACCAUUUAUGUUAAAUAAACGUGAAAAAUGGUAUACAA